AUGGUCAACGUCGCAAUCGCAGGCGGCACAGGCGCCGUAGGCCGCACCCUCAUCGAAGUCCUAUCCACCCAGACAAAGCACAAAGCCUUCAUCCUCUCCCGCAACCGCAAGGCUCCCAAUCCAGAGGAAAACCCUCUGGCGCCGACGUUCGAGGUAGACUACGCCAACGUCGACGCUCUCAAGACGUUCCUCGAGGAACACAACAUCCACACCGUCAUCAGCGCGUUCGGCAUCACCGCCACGUCCCUCGCGACAUCGCAGCUGAACCUCAUCAAGGCAGCGGACCUCUCAUCCGCAACGAAGCGGUUCAUCCCCAGCUCGUUUGCAAUGCGGUAUCCCGAAGACGGCGUCGCCCUCCUCCCGCCCCUAGAACACUACUUCACCUCCCUUCACACCCUCUCCCUCACCUCCUUCGAAUACGCCGCCGUCCACAACGGCACCUUUCUAGAAUACUUUGCCCCUUCCACCCUUAAAUCGCACCACCCGCACAGCACCCUCGUCCUCGACAUCGCCCACGCCGCCGCCGCGAUCCCAGGCGACGGCAACACCCCCGUGACUUUCACCUACACCUUUGACGUGGCGCGCUACGUCGUCGCAGCACUAGACCUGCCCACCUGGCCCGCGGACCACGAACUCCGCAUCGUGGGCGAUGAACUGACCUUUAACGAAUUCGUUAUACUGGCCGAGGAAAUCAGGGGUGUAAAUUUUGAUGUGGUCUACGAUGACGUGGAAAAGUUGAAGAGGUCCGAGGUUUCAGAGUUACCUGGCCACCAGGCGUCGUAUGCGCAGUUCCCCAAGGAGAGGUUACAGUGGUUCCUGUCGAUUUUUGAGCUGUGGAUGGCGACUGGGUUGGGGAAGGUUGAGGGUGGGAAGGGGUCUUUGAAUGAGUUGUUUCCUGAGAUUAAGCCUUUGACUGCGAGGGAGAUGUUGGAGAAGUAUUGGAAGGCGUAA